AUGUUGCAUUAUGUUAAGGCAUGCAAGCCAGUCAUGAUAAUUACAGAGUAUAUGGAAAAUGGCUCCUUGGAUUCAUUUUUAAAGAAACAUGAUGGUCAGUUCACCGUGAUACAGCUAGUGGGGAUGCUACGAGGCAUUGCUUCCGGGAUGAAAUACUUAUCGGACAUGAAUUACGUCCACAGAGAUCUGGCUGCCAGAAAUAUCUUAGUCAAUAGCAAUUUGGUGUGCAAAGUCUCUGAUUUUGGCCUGUCUCGAGUCCUUGAGGAUGACCCUGAAGCGGCUUAUACUACAAGGGGAGGUAAAAUUCCGAUCCGGUGGACAGCACCAGAAGCUAUUGCCUACCGAAAGUUCACAUCGGCAAGUGAUGUGUGGAGUUAUGGCAUUGUCAUGUGGGAGGUCAUCUCAUAUGGAGAGAGGCCAUAUUGGGAAAUGUCCAACCAAGAUGUCAUUAAAGCGAUAGAUGAAGGGUACCGCUUGCCUCCCCCCAUGGACUGCCCUGUAGUGUUACAUCAGCUCAUGUUGGAUUGCUGGCAGAAGUGUAGAAGUGACCGACCCAAGUUUGGUCAAAUAGUUAAUAUUCUGGAUAAAUUCAUACGCUCGCCGAGCACCUUGAAUGAACUAGCCAACAGCUCUACAUGGCAAGACCCAAACAUGCAGGAAGCAUUUACAGUGACUAGUGUGGAAGAAUGGCUAGAGGCUAUCAAGAUGACCCAGUAUAUAGAACACUUUACAAUGGCCGGAUACGUGACCCUAGAUUCUGUCUUGUACCUUAGCAACAGUGAACUCACCAAAAUGGGCGUCACGUUAGCAGGCCAUCAGAAAAAAAUCCUAUCCAGCAUACAGAACCUCCAGGCAUUAGGAACGCAUGUGCAAAUCUAACGGCACCCUGGUGUUUAACACGUCCUGUAAAGGGAUGUACUGUGCACUACCGGAAGCAGUAUAAUCCAAGCUGUGGAUGUCACCGUUGACCUUCCAAUAAUACAACUACUGCAGGAAAUGAUACUCAAUUCUCAAGGUAUAUAUAUGGGAACAACGUCCGGAUUUUGGCCUACGGUGCCUUUGGAUAGGUAUUUUGGAUGGAGAAAAUAUCUAUGAAAACUACAAGCAACAUAACACAGUGUCAAAACUUUAGGCCGAGUGAUUGUUGAUGGUUCAAUAUAGUGGAAAUUGUCUGUGUUAAAGGCAGUGGUUUCAAGUAACAAUAUUUUCUAUGUUAUGGAAAAUGUUAUUGGACUGAUUAGGAUAGGGUCUCGAUUUUUUCCCACAAGGGUGAUGGCGAAUAGAUCCAAUCUACGUGAAUACUAUGAUGCUCCUUACAGAUAUUCCUGAGGGUAUAUCCCGCCUAGGUCAUAAUUCUUCAGCAGGCAGAUGACACAACUAAACCUCUUCAUCCUCUGAACAUCCUGUCCAUUCAACCUAAUAGAAAUUGUAGCCAAUAAUUUAACCUCUCUCUGCCAGAAUGCUUUAGAAUUGCAUCUAUCUUGGCGUCUUCCUCAAUGAACAGUGCAUAGAUUCUGGUUUGUAGCCAUCACGUCUGCUCUGUCACACCGCAUUGUCAAGAAACCCAAUAAAAUCUAUGUAGCAUUUGUAUUGCAUUGAUAGUCCUGUCUUUUACUACUAGAAAGGAACCAAGGAACAUGAAAAGAGGUCUUCUCAUUCAAUGCAUUUGCGUACAGUUGUGUUUGUCAAGUUCAAGGAUAUCUCAGCUCUUCGCAAAGCCUUUGUGAUUGAUUGUCUAAGUUUCAGUGCUUCCAUUUUCUACCCACGUCCAUAGAUGCGGAAUUCCACAAAUUUCAAACCCGGCUCGUGUCAUAGAAAGGUUGCAUUUUUUAUUUAUUUUUUUGCCUUUGUGGCAAAGUUUUAUUUUUCAUAAACAAAAAAGUGUCAGGGUUUGUGCAUUCAGAAAAAUAAUAACGUAUUGUGUGACGAGCUGCAGCGACAUUGUUUUGUUUGUGACUCCGUCCUGUCCAUGGAAAUGAAAUUCGGAUUUGUACAUAUAUGUAGAGGAAGUCUGUAAAGCUAAUACAUUGUAGCACAGCUCUCCUUUGUUGUACACAAUGUUGUGUUCAUUUUGUGUGCCAUAAGUAAGCGUUAUGCCCUCGAUGACCUCCAUGGAAGCAUCGAUUGCAGGAUACAACCUUUCCACCUAAAUGCAGUAGAUCGGAAUCUGUCCCAAGCUCCCCCCACACCAACUGAAGAACUGUUAGCAUCAAACCCAGAGCCAAAAAGUUCACCUAGUACCGAAAGAAAAAAACUUGUACAAUACACACGUGUACCA